AAACAUAAAGUAGAAACAGAUCAAAGGUAAACAAAUAUCUCGAUAUCCGGUCAUUUUUAUUUUCACGCUGACAGCUAACAGCUAAAAUAUAUAUACACGCUAAGCUGAGAUCCAAGAGCUACAAGCCCCAACAGUCCUCAACAGAUUGUCGAGAAAUAGAUGAAAUUCAAUAUACUGUCGCGGCCAAUCCGUGCGUCGAAUAAAAAUUUUGAGGUUAUAAGUUAUUUGGCUGCGCGGCUCUCGUGUGUUAGUAUCGUGCAGAUUUUAGAUAUCCUAUCGGGCAGAGACGAGCGGGUGACACUCUCCGAAGAUUGAGUACACGUUAUCCAGAUAUCUGCUUUUCUUAUCUCGUGAUGAGCCGAUGAGACAAGCUGACAAACUUCGCGAAGAAUCGUACCUAGUAACACAGAUAUCUAAAUUGCUUUAAAUAUGGAGGAAUUCAAAAAAAUUAAUUGGCACCCGAGUAUAGAGGAUAUGAUAGACAAUAAAUUUCUGAAUGAGGAGCGUCUACAGACAGAAGGGGCUAUGUACCAAAUAAUGAACGGGGUGUUUGAAGACCCUUUUCAAGAGCUCAGGCCGCGUGUUUCCAUUUCAUUCAAGGCAGAUGCAUCUAAGAAAACCAAAACAAAGAUUAAUAACGAUGAUAAUAAUAAGAAAAAAGUCGUUCCCAGAAAGAGGACUAAGAAGAAGAAGAAUAAGAAGCCCCAGAACAAGCCUACUACUCCCAACUAAAAAUUAUUCAUGUUAGUUUAACCAUUUUUGACACGGUAUAUACCUAAAUAUCGAUAUGUGUAAGAGAAAGUGUAAAUAAACCUUUUCUACCUCUUUUGUAAGAAAAAUAAUAAAUAAAAAACAAUUAUUUCAUA